UCUCCAAGGCACCCAACUCCAGCCCCCUAGAAUUCCCAAACUGCGAUUGCUGCCCCCACCCGGAGGCUGGACUCACCUGACUCCUCGACGCCUGAUUCCCACCGACGCGCAUCCUCAGUUCUCCCCCGUUACUCUGCCAACUUAUGCCUCGCGCCCCAUCUUGGACGUGACACCAACGCGACCUGUUCUUUAAUUUUGCCUUUUUUCGUCGCAUCUACUCCACCCUCUUUCUGUCUCGAUAUUGCAUCAGGGGCCACCACAAGAAGCCCCCCCGAGUCUUUGUUUUCCUGGCUUCCACAGCGCGUGAAACCCUUGCUACGCCCUCACCCCGCGCCGGGCGGGCUCUAACCUCUCCCCUCCUGGUGUGCUGCUCGUUUGUGCAUAGUUCUUUUGUGUAUUAUCACGCGCGAUGUUCUACUCCGAGACUCUCCUGUCCAAGACAGGGCCGCUGGCCCGUGUCUGGCUGUCUGCCAACAUUGAGCGCAAACUGUCCAAGUCGCACAUUCUCCAGUCCGACAUUGAGAGCAGUGUUAGCGCCAUUGUCGAUCAGGGGCAAGCGCCCAUGGCUCUGCGACUGAGUGGCCAGCUGCUCCUCGGCGUUGUGCGUAUUUACAGCCGCAAGGCGCGUUAUCUACUCGACGACUGUAACGAAGCAUUGAUGAAGAUCAAAAUGGCAUUCCGUCUUACAAACAACAAUGACUUGACGACAACCGUUGUCGCGCCGGGUGGUAUUACUCUGCCCGACGUGCUGACCGAGUCCGACCUUUUCACCAACCUUGAUACGUCUUUGCUGUUCCCUCAGAACCUGAGUCUGGAGCUGGAAGGCAAGCGACCAGGUACUGUGGAUUUUGGCAGCCAGCUUCUGCCUGAUAGCAGUUACCGCCGAUCCAUGUCUCAGGAGCCUGCCCGCCUCGAAGACCCUUCUUUGAUUGACCUGGAUUUGGACCUUGGCGAGGAUGAACUCCCUCUUGGACUGGAUCACAGCGUUGAAAUUGGUCGUGAUGCUCCCCCUGCUCGCCCCAUGGACGAAGAUUUGUUCAGUGAUUCCGGCAAACUCCACGACGACGGUGACUUGGACCUUGAUAUUGGCGAUGCUCCUCUGGAAAAGCUUGACUUUGGCUCCGACAACGUGAACGACCCGCUUAUGGAUGAUGGCCCAAUGGAUUUCGGCGACGAUGCUGGGUUUGGCGGCGAGACCCCCCGCCCAGAAAGCCGCUUCGCGCGUGAUACCGAAAGCCCGCUUUCCGAUGCUGGCUCUGCUCAGAUGGAUUUGCUCGAGUCAGAACUCAACCGUGAAGAUACUCAAGACGUUCAGUCUCGAACUACCAAGCAUGCCCAGCGUGUCAAGCGUCAAAAGGUCAUCGUUGCCGACAAAGAGACCCAUUACACUUCCCAGGAGGUCAAGGCGAUCCAGGCUGAUCGCUCGGCUAUUAUGCAGAGAUCUUCCUUCUUGCCUCGUGACCCCGUCCUUCUUACUCUGAUGACCCGUCAGCAGAACGGCAACUUUGUCUCUAGUAUCUUCGGCGAGGAGCGCAGCCAUGGCUGGGCCCCCGAGCUGCGCGAUCUCCUGUCUCUGGAUAACGUUAAGAAAGCUGGCGAGCUCAAGCGGAAGCGUGACAGCGGUAUCUCUGAUAUGGAAGUUGCUGCUGAAGUUCCCGCGCUGGAGAUUGGUGAAGAUGAAGCUAUCGUUACUGUCGACGAGGGCAUCGGUCUUGACACCGGUUUGAACCUGCAGUCCGAGAUCGACUUCCCGGGCGAUGAUGGCAUCCAGGAUCUGGCCCCUAUGAGCGAUGAUGGCAUGAGCGCCUCUAUUGAGGAUAUGGAUGACACUAUCCGGCCCGUCGACACUGAACCCGUCUCGAUCGGCACCAAGCACGCCGUGCACAUCCUGCGCGAUUGCCUUGGGGACGCCUCCGCCGCUGAACAGAAGAAGGCCGUCGUCUUCCAGGAUCUCCUUCCUGAGCAGCGUUCUAGCAAGGCUGAUGCCACCAAGAUGUUCUUCGAGGUCCUGGUGCUGGCCACAAAGGACGCUGUCAAGGUUGAACAGAACUCCAAGUCCAUCGGCUCUACUAUUAAGAUCCGCGGCAAGGAGGCUCUCUGGGGUUCCUGGGCCGAAGAGAACGCCGGCGGUGCCAUGAGCCAACUGUCCCAGCUUCUGUAAAGAAACAAACAAAGAAUCAUUCAUAUCUCGUCUUGUCUUGCCAUGACUGAUCUUGGCUUGUACUCGACUUGGUAAAAAUUGGGACAUACUGGCGCACGGUUUCCAUUCAUGUACAGCUGAGUUUGGGACGGUCUAUGGGUUUCUGGAAGAUCCGAUUAUUGUUUUGAGACCGCCAACUGGGGUCGUACCGCGUUGGAUGUCUAUCAUGGAGUUUGGGAUUGGAUUGGAGAAUUGGGUCUUCGGUGACUCCUGUACUGUUCUGAUGGGUCUUUUCGUUUCUUUUCUUUAUUGGGUGCUUCCGAUCCUACCCUUUGUCUGAUUGCUUCGUUGGAGUGUAAUUGCCGAAGGAGCUCGUGUUGACGUGGUGUUAGCGUUAUAGUUAAUCGAACAUAACCAACUCUUGGAAUCAACCAUAUUCUCCGCUAGAAAUGCUUUUUGUUAAUUUUUUAAUCCUCUUGAUGCUCGU